GGAGGAGAGAGCAGGCGGCGGAGGAGGGGAGAGCCGCAGAGAGGAGGGAGCAGAGGCGGGAGGAGACACAUGCGCGCUGCUUGCCGCCGCCGCCGCCGCCGCAGUCCUUAGCUUCCCGGGGACAGGAAACCUUCGAGACCGAGCUGCCACUGCCGCCUCCCCGUCUGCCCCCAAUUCUACGCGCCUGCCACACCCUCCUCCCCUUGUUCCAGCAUCUUCGGUGGAGAACUGCAGGGACCCGGGCUGCCGUCUCCCGCUCCUGGGGGAAAGCUCUGACCCCCCCGCAGGAGCGGCGGGGCGGGGUAGGGGGGGCCCGGGAGAAGAUGGCGACGCCGGGAAGCGAACCCCAACCUUUCGUCCCUGCCCUGUCGGUGGCUACUCUGCACCCACAUCAUCAUCCCCACCACCACCAUCAGCACCACGGAGGAACUGGAGCCAGCGGCGGGGCCGGAGGAGGCGGUGGUGGCGGCGGCGGCAGCGGGGGCUUCAACCUGCCCUUGAACAGGGGGCUGGAGCGCGCGCUGGAGGAAGCGGCCAACUCCGGGGGUCUGAACCUCAGUGCCAGGAAACUGAAGGAAUUUCCCAGGACCGCGGCCCCCGCGCACGACCUCUCGGACACGGUGCAGGCAGAUUUAUCUAAAAACAGACUGGUUGAAGUUCCAAUGGAAUUGUGCCAUUUUGUAUCACUGGAAAUUCUUAAUCUGUAUCAUAAUUGUAUCAGAGUCAUUCCAGAAGCCAUCAUUAAUCUGCAGAUGCUGACUUACUUAAAUUUAAGUCGAAAUCAGCUGUCCUCGCUGCCGGCCUGCCUGUGUGGUCUGCCUCUCAAAGUCUUAAUCGCAAGUAACAACAAACUUGGAUCGCUGCCGGAAGAGAUAGGUCAGCUCAAACAGUUAAUGGAGUUGGACGUCAGCUGCAAUGAGAUCACAGCCUUGCCUCAGCAGAUAGGGCAACUGAAAUCCUUACGAGAACUGAAUGUCAGAAGAAAUUACCUUAAAGUUUUACCACAAGAACUAGUAGAUCUUCCCUUGGUAAAGUUUGACUUUUCCUGCAAUAAAGUGCUCGUGAUUCCCAUUUGUUUUAGAGAGAUGAAGCAGCUGCAAGUAUUACUGCUUGAGAAUAACCCUUUGCAGUCUCCUCCAGCACAGAUUUGUACAAAGGGCAAAGUACACAUAUUCAAGUAUCUGAGCAUCCAAGCAUGUCAGAUUAAGACAGCCGACUCCCUUUAUCUCCACACCAUGGAGAGACCACAUUUACACCAGCACGUGGAGGACGGCAAGAAGGAUUCUGAUUCGGGCGUUGGAAGUGAUAACGGAGAUAAGCGAUUAUCUGCCACAGAGCCUUCUGAUGAAGACACCGUUAGCCUCAAUGUGCCAAUGUCAAAUAUCAUGGAAGAAGAACAGAUCAAGGAGGACUCCUGUCAUCACCUCAGCCCAGUGAAAGGGGAAUUUCAUCAGGAAUUUCAACCGGCACCUUCCCUUGUGAGUGACAGUGACAACCCAGGAGAAGAAAGAGACCAAUUUUCCCACGGAACAGACGUUCUCCAUUCAGAAUUUAUAAACUAUGUUAAGGAAAGGGCAGAGACCUGUGAAGAACUGUUACGGAUAGAAGAGGACGCGCACUGGCAUCCCGAGGGAAUACUAAGUUCAUCCAAAGACCAGGACGUGAAUAUAGCAAUGAUUGAACAGCUGAGAGAUGCGGUAGAUUUGCUGCAGGAUCCCAACAGAUUAAGCACAGAUAUUACAGAGAGAAGUGUUGUAAAGUUUUACCCUAUGGAAUCCGCAGAAGACUUGGAAUUACAAGACUCUGCACUAAAUGGUCAAAUACAGUUGGAGACAUCCCCGGUAUGUGAGGUGCAAAAUGAUCUAACAUUACAGAAUAAUGGGAGCGAGUAUUCUCCCAAUGAGGUUAGAGAGGACUCCCCUGCCAUCUCUCCUACCAACACCAGCACAGCUCUGUUUGGCCUGAAGCCUCGAUCAGACCCAGCCCUCACUCUUCCUCCUAUCUCCUUCAACAAACUUACACAGGCACAAACAUGGGACAACUCUAGCUACAGUGUUCCAUCUGAAGGAGACAGUGACAAUGUGUUUCUAAGACCGCAGAGAAAUUUGGAAUCUAUAGACCCACAGUUUACGAUUCGGAGGAAAAUGGAACAGAUGAGAGAAGAAAAAGAAGUGGUGGAACAGCUCCGAGAGAGCAUCGAGAUGAGACUCAAGGUCAGCCUGCAUGAAGACCUGGGGGCUGCCCUCAUGGAUGGUGUCGUCCUCUGCCAUCUAGUCAACCACAUCCGCCCGCGAUCCGUUGCAAGCAUCCAUGUCCCCUCGCCAGCAGUUCCCAAACUCAGUAUGGCCAAGUGCAGAAGAAAUGUGGAAAACUUUUUGGAAGCAUGCCGAAAAUUAGGAGUACCAGAGGCUGACCUCUGCUCUCCGUAUGACAUCCUGCAGUUGGAUUUUCGUCACAUUCGAAAGACUGUUGACACUCUGCUGGCACUCGGGGAGAAACCCCCACAACCAACUUCUGCCCUCCGCUCCAGGGACCUUAUAAGCUUCUGUCUUGUUCAUAUUCUCUUUAUAGUGCUGAUCUAUAUCACUUACCGCUGGAAUGCUCUGUCUGCAUAACGUCUGCAUGUGCAUCCAACUCCUCUGCUUUGUCACCCUGCUCCCUGACAGGGUCCUUCCUCCAUCUGAGACUUUGCCUUGCAAACUUCCACCCCUGACAUCUCUUUAGUAAUCUCUCGAGUUUUGAUGCUGAACAUUUACAAAUCAGAUUUUACAGAAGCACAAACUUUACAGAAUGCAGUUCCCAUUAAAUAAUUUCUCUCACUUGCUGAAAAACGGUGACUACAAAGUGCAGCCAUACCUGCUUCUCAUCCUCGUAGUGCCAGCAGUAGGGCUAUACAGCUCCUCUUCUCUCUCCCAGUGAGCUUUGCUGCCCUGGGCAGAGUGGAAGAAGUUUCCAGAACAGGAGUAGAGGGGAAUUUAGCAUGUGGAAAUCUUUCCAUUGGGGUACUGUUUAAGUCGAAUCCUAAUUCAGAAUUGGGCAAUUGAGCGAUAGAGGGGCCACCUUGCAGAGGAGACAAAACCCCCAGCAUUUGGGGACCCAGUUUGGUCAAUAAAAAUCUUUAAUAAUACCACUGUUGGCCAAAUUGAAAAAUACUAUCUGGAGAAUGACUGCUUUGCUGGCCAUCCGAUUGGAUUCCUCCCUGCUUUCUGCAACGGGAGCUGUGAGGGGUACCAGGGAGAGUUGACGCCCUCUUCCAUCCUGAGAGACCCCUCUGCUCUUCUGCAUGAGACAGCUGUGCGGAAGGGGUGCUGGGGAGGAAGGGUCCGGUGCUGUUAGGGUGCCCCCUGGAGGAUCCAUGCGCCCCACUCUUUCUGUAUGUUUUUACUUAUUCCUUGUUUGGUCUACUCUGAGGCUCUUAGAAAAGCAUUUUCCAGAAGGGAUUUCUAUUUUUACAUAAUAUAAUGGGUCAUUUCGCUUUUUUUGCUACAUCACAUCAUAACUUCAGAUCUAGAAUGUGACAUAUUUGACAGUAUUUAUUUUCAAAUAAAGCCAUGAGUCAUGGAACAUUCUUGGUCCUGGGACUUGGGUUACUAUGGCAAGAGCCAAUAUGAUUGUUCUUAUUUUAGAAGAAUGUAAUUUCUCCAGUGACUUGAAGUUUCCAUUUAACCUUUGCUUUCCAGUAACAUUAGCGAGCUGCUUUUCUAUUUAAA